CUCGCGUGAUGUUUGUAGUAACAUUUUAAAAGGGGUGCACUGUGCUUAUAUUUCUUUUCAUUUCAUUGUAAAUACGUGUUAAAUCUUAUACCUUUUUUUAAAUCUCGGAGCGGGAGUUGUUGCCGGUUGUUGUUGACGUUGUAUGAAGAAGUCCCUGCAGGAUGGACAUGACGACGAGUUUAAAGUCUCUGCUGCUGGCUGUCCAGGAGUACAGAGAGGGCAGGACGGCACAGAAUACAGCACAGCUUCAGAAACAAGUGGAGGAGGUUUCGAGACUCAAAUGUGACCAGCUGCUGUCAUCGGGUCAGCUUCUUCCCGGUGACUGUGUGAGCGGGCUGGUGGAGCUGGCCGGGAACCAGAACACCAGCCCCACCCUGACGAGCUCCAUCAUCUCCCUGCUGGCACAGCUGGCCUGCGACGACGCCGGUUGGGAAAUCCUUCACAGCAGCUACAACCUCACCAGCACCCUGGCCUCUGUCAUCCACUACCACAGCGCCACCCCAGGAGAGCCCCUGGUACUGCAGUGUUUGCAGGUUCUGCAGAAACUGACGUACAACACACAAGUCUUCCCGUCCACAAACUACAUCCAUGAACUCCUCACCUUCCUCAUGACCAACAUACAGUCUGAAAACGAUGACGUCAUCAUGCCGUGCCUCGGCCUCAUGGUCAACCUGUGUCGGGACAACCACUCGGUGCAGAGUCACAUCAAGUCUCUGGACAAUGUGAAGCCAUUUUACCGCACUCUGAUCAACUUCCUGGCUCACAACAGUCUGACUGUGGUGGUCUUCACGCUGUCCAUCCUGGCCAGCCUCACGCUGAACGAGAAGGUCGGACAAAAGCUGUUUGACGGUAAAAACAUCUACCAGACGUUCCAGCUGGUUUUUAACAUCAUUGUGAACGGUGACGGUACUCUGACCAGGAAGUACUCCGUCGACCUUUUAGUGGACCUGCUGAAGAACCCGAAGAUCGCAGACUACCUCGUCAGGUACGAGCACUUCUCAGCGUGCGCGUCUAAGGUUUUAGGAGUGCUGCAGUCAAAAGAUCCGGACUCUGCAGCGAAGAUGUUGGAGCUUCUCCUCGCCAUGUGCAGCGUCUCGGGUCUGCGCUCACUGCUCUGCGAGGUGGUCUUCAGACCGGCAGGACCCAAACUCAGAGCGGCGGGUCGCAGACAAGGGGCAGAGGCGGACGGUGGGAUCGCCCUGGUGCAGUGGCUGAGCUCGCCUGUAGAGGGCGCAGAGUCCUGCUCUCUGCAAGCUCUGCAGCUGCUGAAUGAGCUGCUGGAGGAGGCGUUGGGAGCAGAAACCUUGUCUGACUCUGUGCUGAGCUUCGUAGAAAUGCUGCUCCCGGUCCUGUUAGAACUCCUGGAGGGUCUUGAUCUUGCACGGGGAGAUGCUCACCUGAGAAAACAUUGUCACCGCAUCACACACGUCAUCGGCCUCCUCCUGAUCCUGUGCGCCGAGGACUCCACCAGAUCUUUGGUGUCGCGUCAGGUGAGCGCCCAGCUCUGCCUCUCACAGGUUGAGACGCUGCUCUCUUGUUGUCACAGCAACAGCCCCCUCACCUGCCUUCCCCCCAGCUCUGACAACGACCUCAGUCAGGUGUGUGCAGAAGCUCUGCUGAGGACUCUGGAGUUGAUGAGCAAACUGAGGCAGCAGGUGAAGGACAUGGAGACCAGCUUUUAUAGGACGUUACAGGAUCAGAAGAUUGUGACCCCCCUCUCUCUCGCUCUGACCUCCCACCACAGGGAGCGCGUGCAGACGGGACUCUCUCUGCUGUUUGAAGCCACGCCGCUCCCGGACUUCCCCUCGCUCAUUCUGGGACAAAGUAUCGCUGCCAACAACGCAUAUCGCCAACGGGAGGCAGAGCUGUCAGUCAAACGUGUUGCAGUGCAGGAAGUCCCGCCUUCCAGCAUCCUGGACUCCUCCAGUGGUCCCAGCAGGAGUGUGCACGGUCUGGCUGAGAAGAUACAGAACGGAUUAGAGCUACAGGAACACUCCAAGACCUCUCACGUGUCUGAGAUCAUCGACGUUUAUGAACAGAAGCUUUCUGCAUUUGCGUCGAAGGAGAGCGGUCUGCAGGACUUGCUGGAGGCGAAGGCUCUGGCUCUCUCUCAGGCCGACCGGCUCAUCGCUCAGUAUCGCUUCCAACGAGCUCAAGCUGAAGCCGAGGCCUGUAAGCUCGGCUCUCUGCUGAAGGAGGCGGAGCGGCGGCGUGAGGACCUGCAGGUGGAGCUGAGUAACCAGGUGCUGGAGGUGGAGCGCUCCAAGGCCGACAUGGAGGUCCUGCUGCAGCACAACGCCAGGCUGCAGCAGGACUCGGCUAAGCACCAGGACCUCAAAGGAGCCUACAACGCCCUGCUGAGCAGGUUCAACGAGAGCGAGCGUCUGCUGAAGGAGGUGCAGACGUCUCACACCUCGCUCGCCAAACAAAACGACGCUCUGAAGAAGAACUACGAAGCGCUGCAACAGAAUCAGGAGAAGGUCACAUCAGUGUUGGCGGAGAGAGAGGAGGAGGUCAGAUCCCUCACUUCAGAUCUGAAGCAGAAGAGCAGCGACAUCACAGGUUUGCGCGGUGAACUGCGGUCUAAGGAGGAGAAGGUAAAAGCCAAGGAUCAGGAGAAGAGAGACCUGGAGGACACGGUGGACGUUUUGAGGAAGGAGCUAAACAAGACCGAACAGGCCAGGAAAGACGCCAACAUCAAGGCUUCAUCUCUGGAGCUGCAGAAGAGUCAGCUGGAGACGAAGCUGAAGCAGAAAGAGGAGGAGCUGAAUAAAAACUCUGCCAUGAUCUCCAUGAUCCACAGCCUGAGCAGCGGCAAGCUGAAGAGCGACGUCAACCUGUCGCUCUGAGAACACACCGGAGAACCAGAGAGUGAUGAUCGUUAAAAAACUCUGUGAUCCUUUUUUAACUGAAUUAAAACUCUGUCGUUAAUAAAACACACAUUAUUCAUUAUUCUUAACUUAAUCUGUGUUUAAAAAGCAUCG